AUGGAUUCAAGGGAUCCAUUGAAUCCUUAUAGUCAGUCUCCUUGUUCUAGUUUCGUCGGCUUUCUUAACAGCCAGACCUUUCCUUAUGAAAUUUAUGGUUCUCCUCAUCACUUUGGAGCAUCAGACAUCCCUGCUUUUAGUGAACAGCCACCAAAUCCUCCAGUUGCACCCGAAAACCCACCUGUUUCCUCUAGGGAGCGAAGGAACUGGACUCCAGCCGAUGACGAGGUGUUAAUAAGUGGAUGGCUAAACACAUCUAAGGAUGCUGUUGUUGGCGUUGAUCAAAAUAAAGGGACAUUCUGGAAACGAGUUGGUGAGUUCUAUGCGUCAAGUCCUCAUGCUAAAGCUAGUGGUGAUAAUCGUGAGCAUCUCAACUGUAAGCAGAGGUGGCACAAGAUCAAUGACUACACGAACAAAUUCUGUGCUGCAUACGCUGCAACUGAGAGACAGAAGAGUUCUGAGUUCUGUUAUGAGCAGAAAUGGCUCAGCCUUAACACUCCUAAGCCUGCUGGGAAUUCAAAGCGAAAAGAGACAUGUUCUCAAGCUUCAAGCAGCUCCGUUGGUGAUCCUGAGGUCCGUCCUGAAGGAAUCAAGGCGGCGAAGGCUAAAAAGAAGAAUUCCGCACCAUUGAGGUCUCUGUCGGAGUGUCAGACCGUUUGGGAGAUGAAGAAGGAGGAUCUCUUGAUGAGGAAGGAGGAUCUCUUGAUCAAGGAGAGACUAACAAAGCUUGCGAUUCUUGACACACUUCUAGCCAAGAAAGAUCCUCUUACUGAGCCUGAAGAAGCAACUAAGAAUAAGCUGCUGGCUUUGAUCUAA